CCGCCGGACCCGCGGCGGCGGCGGCGGCUGGCGGCGGGGCGCAGAGCAGAGGCUGAGCGGGCGCUCGCAGGGAGGAUGGACGCGGCCGGGGAGCGCAGCCUCCCGGAGCCGGGCAGCCAGGACUCCCGGGCUGGCGACGACAUCGAGAUCGUCGUCAACGUGGGGGGCGUGCGGCAGGUGCUGUACGGGGACCUCCUGAGCCAGUACCCGGAGACCCGGCUGGCCGAGCUCAUGGGCUGCUUGGCGGGGGGCUACGACACCAUCUUCUCCCUGUGCGACGACUACGACCCCGGGAAGCGCGAAUUCUACUUCGACAGGGACCCGGACGCCUUCAAGUGUGUCAUCGAGGUGUACUAUUUCGGGGAGGUCCACAUGAAGAAGGGCAUCUGCCCCAUCUGCUUCAAGAACGAGAUGGACUUCUGGAAGGUGGACCUCAAGUUUCUGGACGACUGCUGCAAGAGCCACCUGAGCGAGAAGCGCGAGGAGCUGGAGGAGAUCGCGCGCCGCGUGCAACUCAUCCUGGAUGACCUGGGCGUGGACUCGGCCGAGGGCCGCUGGCGGCGCUGCCAGAAGUGCGUCUGGAAGUUCCUGGAGAAGCCCGAGUCGUCGUGCCCGGCGCGGGUGGUGGCCGUGCUGUCCUUCCUGCUCAUCCUCAUCUCGUCGGUGGUCAUGUGCAUGGGCACCAUCCCCGAGCUGCAGGUGCUGGACGCCGACGGCAACCGCGUGGAGCACCCGACGCUGGAGAACGUGGAGACGGCGUGCAUCGGCUGGUUCACCCUGGAGUACCUGCUGCGCCUCUUCUCGUCGCCCAACAAGCUGCACUUUGCCCUGUCCUUCAUGAACAUCGUGGACGUGCUGGCCAUCCUGCCCUUCUACGUGAGCCUCACGCUCACGCACCUGGGCGCGCGCAUGAUGGAGCUGACCAACGUGCAGCAGGCCGUGCAGGCCCUGCGGAUCAUGCGCAUCGCGCGCAUCUUCAAGCUGGCCCGCCACUCGUCGGGCCUGCAGACCCUCACCUACGCCCUCAAACGCAGCUUCAAGGAGCUGGGGCUGCUGCUCAUGUAUCUGGCGGUGGGCAUCUUUGUCUUCUCGGCCCUGGGCUACACCAUGGAGCAGAGCCACCCCGAGACCCUGUUUAAGAGCAUCCCCCAGUCCUUCUGGUGGGCCAUCAUCACCAUGACCACCGUCGGCUACGGGGACAUCUACCCCAAGACCACCCUGGGCAAGCUCAACGCGGCCAUCAGCUUCCUGUGCGGGGUCAUCGCCAUCGCCCUGCCCAUCCACCCAAUCAUCAACAACUUUGUCAGGUACUACAACAAGCAGCGGGUCCUGGAGACGGCCGCCAAGCACGAGCUAGAGCUGAUGGAGCUCAACUCCAGCAGCGCGGGCGACGGCAAGGUGGGGUGCUCCCGCAGUGACCUGGACAGCCUCCCGCCGGAGCCCAUCGGGGAGGAGGGGCCGAGCUGGAGCAGCCGGCUGAAGAUCUCCCACAGCGACACCUUCAUCCCUCUCCUGACCGAGGAGAAGCACCACAGGACCCGGCUCCAGAGUUGCAAGUGAUGACGGUCUUCCGGGCACCGAUGGACUCGGCCAGUGGACGGAUGGACGGGAGCGGCGGGCCUGGCAGUGACUUCCGGGGAGGGGCUGUCCUUUGUCCCCUCCACCGUCUCCUGAACAGAACUCUGAAGGCCCCCUCGGGCACCCCUGGUGAGGCUGGGUAAGACCCCCUUGAUGUUGCCGGCUGUCAGGAGCCAGUGGGGAAAGAGGGGUGUCCAGGAGUCACGGGGCAGUGUGGGGUGACGGAGGCCAUGGUCUGGCUGAUGGCGGGAGCCCUCGCUCGGUUCUGUAUCUCCUUCAAUAAAGCCUCCUGCUCUGUGCACCCACCUGUGUUGUAGGUUCUGUCACAGGCUGGCUGUCCCCCGCCACCCCGUCCCUCAGACGUGGCUCGGGCGCACCCUGUGCCGGGCCGGGAAGUAGGUGUGCAGCCCGGGGGGGCUAUUUUUAGUUGAGAGCUAAUUAAAGAAGAGUUCAUACGCAGGGUUCGGCGCCAAGGAGCCUUGCCACAUUCCAGGAGGCUCUGUGCCGGCGACUCCUUCCUUCUGUUUCCUUCUGAGGAAAAGCUUGCUUCCAGAAGGCAAAGAGUUCACCGAGCUAGAAACACCAAGUGGCGUGGUUACCACUUACUUAUCACCUGUGGGAGGCCCAUUUCACAACUUCUUUCCAUUCCUUCCAGCAACCCUGCUAGAUAGGCAUCCCCAUUUGACAGAUGAAGAAACCGAGGCCCGGGACCACACAGAGCAGGGAUUCAGUCCCAGGUGUGAAGAUCCCAAAGCCCACGCAUUCUCUUUGCUUUGAGGUGGCCUUGGGACAGAGGUGUGUGCUUGGGCCUACAAGGGACGGAGGGUCUGUAGACCAGGAGAAGAGCUGAGCUUUCUUGGGGUGGGUGUGCCUGUCCUCCAGCCCAUCCUUCCUUCUAGAACCAGGACCUCUGCCGUAUCAGCUGAACGGACAAACCUGAGUGUGCUCGGGGGGCCCACUUCCAGCCUUGGCUGAGAACGCCAGAGGAACAGAGACAGACAGACUUGGGUUUGCAGCCCAGGAAAUGAAGAAGACAUCUCUGAGACGUCCUCCAGCUCAAAUACUUUUCUCUGGCACUUUUCUCUCCCCCACCACUCCCUUCGUCGCUGUGUGGUCUCAGGCCUGUUGAUUAACCUCUCUGAUCCUCAUUGUGAUCAUUCAUUAAGGGGGGUUAUUAGAAUUUUCUCCGAGACCAUGGUGCUUCACACAGUGCCUGGCACGUAGCAGUUGCUCAGUGAAUGGCAGCCAUUUCUACGACUGUGUCUGAGAGGGAGGCAAGGCCCACAGCCUUAAAUGCUGGCCUCCAAGGUCUGGGCUGGGCUUACACAGCAGCAAGGGGGGGUGGGGGACAGGGCCCUGCCACGCUGUUCGUAGUCAAAGGCAGUCUCCUUGGCACAGAGUCGGUCCCGGCAGGCCCUUCUCCCUGGCUAUCUCUCUUCUAGGAGCCCCAGAACUCUGUUCUUCCCCAGCUGAGGCUGUUGAUGCCCAGGGAGGAGCCAUGGUGGGGGAGUAGGGUGGGUGAUCCCCCCAGUCUUUCCUCUUCUCUGGGCCCUGCUUUUCCCACAUGGAUACGGAGGGAUGAUUUCUCUGGGCUCCUUCCAGGAUUUCGAAGCCUAGGGCAUGUUGUGUUGAGGACUCCAGGGGGUGGGAGGCUGUCCCAUGGUAAGGGGACUUAGAAGGGAGGCCUCAAGUCAGGGCCAUCCCUGUGGGGAGCAAGGCCCUGAGCCAAUAUUGUGUGCCCCUCCCCCAAGUUUUCCCAGGGGAAUGCUGGGUCAGGUGACCAAGGGAGGUAGGAGAUGGAGGUGGGGCUAGGGCUGUGGGACUCAGUGGAGGUAGACGGGUGGAGAGGAGGGGAUUAUUGCCUGGUCUGUGUGGGCCUUGCUCAGUGGGGGCUCCGAAGCCUAAGUGGGGGAAAAAGUCCCUGGUUGGGGAGAGGCCAGGAGGACCCGGGAUUAGGAGGAACCUCCCCUUUGGUUCACCUGGAGGUUAGCAGAGAGUGUCUUUAUAGCUGCAAAAGCCUCUCGGAGUCCAGCUCGUCUACUGGAAGUAGGAGACUGUGUCCAGAGAGGAUAAGUGACUUGUCUGAGAACCUUCGUGAAUUAGGAUUAGAUGGUGUCCUGGCGUCAGAGGAGCUCAGAGUGGGGCAGGCUGUUUGUGCAGGGGUGGCCAGGCGGCUGUGGGAGCCAGGCGGAGGGGCAACCAUCUCUCCCUGGGGAAUCUUUCCAGGGUACAUUAGAACCGCCUGGGAGCUAUACAAAAUCCUGGUGGGCAGCCGGCACCCACACCCGUUACGUUAGAAUCUUAGGGUGACACCCAGGCAUCAGAAUUUUAAAAAACUUUAAAGUGCACACGAGUCAUCAGGAGCUCUUACUAAAAUGCAGACUUUGAGUCAGCAGAUCUGCCUGGGCCCCCGAAAUACUGCAUUUCCAGCAAGCUCCCAGGUCCAGCCACUACCUUCUAGGAACCCCGGGGCUGGUCCUGAAGCCACACUGGGAGAAUCAAAAGGCCACAAAAGGAGCUGGCACACUAUGGCCUGGGGCCCAAAUGUAGCCUGCCAUUUGUACAAUCUGUGAGCUGAGAAUGCUUUUUAUGUUUUUAAAUGGUUAAAAAAAAAAUCAGAGAAAGAAUAACGUUUUGUGACACAUGAAAAGUAUCUGAAAUUCAAAUAAAGUCUUAG